UGGGAGUGGGGCCUUGGUUGUGAGCUGGUCUCUGGGCGAAUGGGCGGAACCUGGCGGGGUUGAGUUGCCCUCUAGCCGUGUGGGCGGGGUCCUGGCUAGAGGGCCCCAGGGCUUAAGGGAGCGCGGUUAAGGCUAAUGGGUGGGACCAGCGGUCUUCUGGAUGGGGGGGCAGGGUACGGGUCGGGCAGUCCUCCGGGCGCCAGGCGCCGCUGCGGAGCCAGCCACUGCUGGGCCGUGCCGCGAGGGGCGGGGCAGUGAGUGUUUACAUCCGGCCGGGCCCCGACGACUCCCGAGAUCGCUCGGCCGGGGGUCCAGCCUCCUUCGCCAUGGACACCAGCGACCUGUUUGCCAGCUGCAGGAAGGGGGACGUAAGCCGUGUGCGGCCUGUGCAUUCCUAGGCCCUGCCCUUCUCAGAGAGAUGUGGCCUUCUUCCCCUUCCUGGUCCCCUCCCCCAGAUCAGAAGCAGUUCUCACCCAGGCUCUGCACUUCCUGCGCAGGUACCUGCUGGAGCAACGAGACGUGGAGGUACUAUGCCUGCCUCUGUGGGCAUGAGGAGUUGGUGCGCUUCCUGUUGGCUAACGGAGCCCGCUGUGAGGCCAACACCUUCGAUGGAGAACGGUGUCUCUACGGGGCGCUAAGCGACCCCAUUCGCCGGGCACUUCGUGACUACAAACAGGUCACUGCAUCCUGCAGGAGGCGGGAUUAUUAUGAUGAUUUCCUGCAGCGGCUCCUGGAACAGGGCAUCCACAGCGACGUGGUCUUCGUGGUACAUGGAAAGCCGUUCCGGGCCCAUCGCUGCAUCCUUGGUGCUCGCAGCACCUACUUCGCCAACAUGCUGGAUACCAAGUGGAAGGGCAAGAGCGUCGUGGUUCUCAGGCACCCCCUGAUUAACCCAGUGGCCUUUGGGGCUCUACUGCAGUACCUGUACACAGGCCGCCUGGACAUUGGUGUGGAGCAUGUAAGUGACUGUGAGCGCCUGGCCAAGCAGUGCCAGCUGUGGGACCUGCUGGAUGACCUAGAGGCUAAAUGCGAGAAGGUGUCUGAAUUCGUGGCUUCCAAGCCUGGCACGUGUGUGAAGGUGUUGACUAUUGAGCCCCCUCCAGCAGAUCCUCGGUUGCGGGAGGAUAUGGCACUGCUGGCUAGCUGUGCCCUGCCACCUGAGCUGCGGGGUGACCUAGGAGAGCUGCCCUUCCCAUGUCCCGAUGGCUUCAGCAGCUGCCCUGAUGUCUGCUUCCAAGUGGCCGGCUCCAGCUUCCUCUGCCACAAGGCUUUCUUCUGCGGCCGCAGCGACUACUUCCGAGCCCUGCUGGAUGACCACUUUGAAGAGAGCGAGGAGCCUGCCGGCCCCGGGGACCUCCCGGUUGUCACCCUGCAUGACAUCUCCCCAGACAUCUUCACUCACGUGCUGUACUAUGUGUACAGUGACCAUACAGAGCUGCCCCCUGAAUUGGCGUAUGAUGUGCUAAGUGUGGCAGACAUGUACCUUCUACCUGGCCUGAAACGGCUGUGUGGCCGCACCCUGGCCCAGCUGCUGGAGGAGGACAGUGUGGUGGGUGUUUGGCGCAUAGCCAAGCUCUUCCGCCUGGCCCGACUGGAGGACCAGUGCACUGAGUAUAUGGCCAAGGUCAUCGAGAAGCUGGUAGAGCGGGAGGACUUUGUGGAGGCCGUGCGGGAAGAGGCAGCAGCUGUAGCCGCCCGGCAGGAGACAGACUCCAUUCCGCUUGUUGAUGACAUCCGCUUCCAUGUGGCCAGCACAGUCCAGACCUACAGUGCCAUUGAAGAGGCGCAGCAGCGGCUGCGGGCGCUUGAGGACCUGCUUGUGUCCAUUGGCUUGGACUGCUGAGCCCUUGCUGCCUGGUGGCCAUGGGGCCAGGGCUUCCAUGGUGAUGAGCAUGCCGUGUGUGCAUGCAGCAACUGUUGGCUCUUACACGCUUGGUGGCAAUACAGUGGGCAGAGGGGACCCAUUGGGUUCCUGCAAUGAGCCUCCUCCUCCAGUGCACAAGAAAGCCCCGAGACUUGGGGCCGGCACCACUCAGGGAAAGCUGGGGUACGGUAGGCUUGGAACUUAGUCCCCUCUCCUGCAGCACCUCACCUGCUCCUUCCUGGCUUUCACCCAGCCCUGGCUUUGGCUGUUUCCAUGUACAGGGCUGGACAGGAAGUGGGGGAGUGUGUGUGGCAAUAAAGCUUGAAUUCACUG